AUGUCUGCGCCACUCCAACAACGGGUUCAUUUCUUGCUGGGCGUGUCGCAGCAUAAGAUCGACGACACAGGAGAUCCGCGACUACCAGACCUUGGUCUCAUCAGGCAGGACGUCGCAAUAACGUCUGCUGUCGUGGAGGCCGUAGACUCGAUGCCCGAGCCACGUGUGCUUGAGCUACAGGAUCCACACACUGGCGACAUUGUGCAGGAGCCGGCUUCACGCUCUCUCGUGCUCAAGACCAAACUCCCUUGGCUAUUCACGUAUAGUUUCCUCAUCCACAUCAGUGACGUGCCGGAGGACAUUCACGAGCAUGUGAUUUGGGCUCUGGAGACGUUCAUCGACGCUCUCAUCGAUUGCACGGACGUGCAACUCGUCGCUUUGUACAGAAAUGAAAUAGAUGCCAUGUAUGCCCAUGCUGGGUCGGCUAGAGUACAAUUUGCUACCCCGGUGGACACCCAUAAGUUCUGCCUACGACAGCAAGCAAAGGCAAAACUCACUCUAUUCCUGCUGAAGCCGGAGGUUGACCGACCGGGGCACGCUGCGCAAUAUUUCAGUGAGAUCAUCGAGUUUCAGAGACAAGCCGUCCCGCCGGGGCAAUUCUUCACCGUACAGCGUGACCUCCUCAUGAUCUACACAGAAGCAUUGACACGAAGCGGCGUGGAUGAUGAUAGUGCACAGUUGCUGCUGGAAGGGCUUGCCGAUUCGCCUGCUUGUGAGGAAAUAGGCUUGCGUGAUCUAAUCGUGGCAAAAGUAUGGUUGUCACGCGUUCUGCGGCGGCGAGGCAAGCUCGGUUCCGCAAAGAAACACGAGAAGUGGCUUGUCAAGUGGUUCCGCAAGAACCCGCAUCGGUUGCCGGCUGCGGACUAUGGCGAGCUCCUGACGCCGAGUGGUGAAGCGGCGAGCCCCAUCCUGGGAGCGCUCGGCGUACCUUCUUGGUUAGCAGAGCGCCAGGAUACUGACAAAACAAUCCACCGCCACAACAAGACAUGCAGACAGUGUCAAGCCGUGGAGCCAAUUGUGAAGCUAUCCGUAUGUGGGAAGUGCAAGAUGUUUUAUUACUGCUCUCGAGAAUGUCAGAGAAAAGACUGGCCGUUACACAAGAAUGCGUGCAAAGACUUUGCUAACCAGAACGAGGAGCUCGAGCUACUCUCCUUACUGGAUGCACCCGCUGCACAGCGACAGAAGGACUGGAACGCUUGCAAACUUGCCGACCGCUUGCAAAAAAUCGUCAAAUGCGCGGUGUUCCGCAUUGCUGACGUCGUGACUGAGAUUGAGCACAUCUUGAAGCUCAGGGCCGGCGAGGGCCGAGAGCUCUGCGAGACGCUGCUGCAUGACUCACACCCAACGGCAAGUGAACUCGUUCUGUUCCUCACAUUUGGAUUUGGUGAUGGUAUCCCUACGAAGCUCAUGCGGGGUGCAAUAGGGAAGUGGCAACUCAAGUACACAUCAUAUAACAAGAGUUGGCGCCAGGCCAUAAACAAGGACAUUCCCCCGACACAGCUAGUACUGCGCGACGAUAUCAAGGACGCAGAGUUGGAUUGAACUGCCGUGAUGGAUUUGUUUGGUAGCAGAACUGCCUACGGGCUUAGUUAUCAUGGCGGAAGCAUUUCCCACCACAUGUCCCUUUAUGACUCUUACGCGGACGCAGAGGCCCCAACGACUCUAUGAGCAACUUCAGUUAUCCGGCCCGCGCCUUUUUUCACUGGCUGUUCGAUCGACGACGCAGGCAUGUAUGGAUUUAGGAAAGUCACACUUAAUGUACCCCGUGCCCCGCU